AUGUCUGUGAAUCAAGAUCUCGCCGGCAAAGUUGCCAUCGUAACCGGAGCAAGCCGCGGCAUCGGCGCCGGCAUCGCCCAAAAACUAGCCCAACGCGGCGCCCACAUCGCGAUAAACUACCUCUCCUCAACAGCCGCCGCCGAAUCCAUCGCCGAGCAGAUCCGUACCAACUACGGCGUGCGCGCCAUCACGUUAAAAGCCGAUGUCGCGCAGGAGGCCGAAGUGAAGGCGAUGUUCGAGGCCGUGCACCGCGAGUUCGGGCGCCUGGAUAUCGCCGUCAGCAACUCGGGCAUCGAGCAUUUCGGGACGCUGGGCGAGGUCGCUGGCGAAGAGAUUGACCGUGUCUUUGCGGUUAAUGUUAAGGGGCAGUUUUUUGUGGCGCAGGAGGCGUUUCGCUAUAUGGAGGAUUUUGGACGGGUUAUGUUGACUUCGUCUAUUUCGGCUACUAAGGGCGUCCCCCGCCACGCCGUCUACGCCGCCUCCAAAGCCGCCGUUCAGGGCAUGACCAAGUGCCUAGCCGUCGACUUCGGCUCGCGCAACAUUACCGUCAACUGCAUUGCCGCCGGCGGCGUCAAGACUGACAUGUACACCGAGAUGGCGGCCAAGUACAUCCCCGGCGGCGAGAACAUGUCGCCGCAGCAGAUCGACGCCGCCCUGUCCAAGUGGUCUCCGCUCGGCCGGCCCGGCGAGGUGGAUGAUAUCUCGGGCGUGGCAGCGUUGAUUGCCAGUCCUGAGUCGCAGUGGUUGACGGGGCAGACGUUCCAGGUAUCGGGGGGAGCGGCUAUGGCUUAG